AGAGGCUAAAAAUGGCAAAUCGUGAUCAUGGAUACCGUCAGAAUGGAAACGAAGGCUAUGGAAGAGGAAAUAACUUUGAUAGAAAUAAGUAUAGACAAACGAUGCCCUCCAACUCGCGCUUCAACCCGAUUUCCCCGCCAAACAACCAUUAUCGCCCGCGAUCACCGACUCAAAGCUACUCCUCGAACGCGACUAAUUACGAGCAGCCCUGGAAUUCUCCGAGAUUCCGAGCUCCGGCAGAUCCAGCCGAGCCGAAAUUCCGACGUACUUAUUCGAUGGCUGCUAAAAAUAAUGAAAAAAUCGAUAAAAUCCCGGAGAGCACGGAGAAAAACCGUCCGAAGAUCAAUUUCAAGGAGUUUGGAAAGAAAAUUUCGCAAAAAUUCAAGAAAAGUGACAAUAAAAAGGGAAAAAAUGACGCGAAAAGUGCGAGAAUGUCUGCUCCAAACCUGAAGAUUGGAGAAGCCUCAACAUCCCAGCCUCAGCUCCCGAAAAUUUCGAGCCCGGUAAAGAAGAAGAUCACUGUGAGCACAGCGGCGGUUAACAUGAAAAUGCAGCCCGAAGAUCGCAUGAAAAUGUUCCAAAAAAUGGGCCGAGAGCAGUCUCUAAAAGUGAGCACUCUACAGCGAAUGCAACGAGAACGCCAACGUGACUUUUCCCUAGUCCCCGGUCCAGGCCGUGCAAGCCUCGAGACUAAUGGGCCUGUGCCAGCCGAUUCAAAUCAAUCGAUUGACAGUAUGAUUGUGUUCAAUACGACGCCAAACGGACGGAGCAGCAGCGAGUCACUUUCCGUGGUAGAUGACGAUGUUGAGCCAGUCUUCAAGAACUCUCUGAACAAUAAGCAUGUCACUAGUGCUCAAUUCCAGCAGGCUCAGAAGAGUGGCCCGAGCUUCACGAGCACACCGAGGUUGAAUCAUGGGGGGACAUCGGCAGCAGCGGCGUCGUCUCCGACGAUUUCCAACGUCAGAAGCAUCUCGGAAGCCUCGUUUUGUAUGAUGUCGUCGGGCUCUUCAAUGCCUUCGUCGAGCAGCACGAUCUACUACUCUGCGGACACUCUGGCUGAAGCUGGAACCCGGAUUCCUGCCGGAAUGCCUUCGAGAAGUAUGACGGAUGUGACGCUGGCGUCUACCGCGUCCACGCCAACGCCAUCUACACCACUCCCGACGCGACCGGCGGCGGCGGCAGCACAGAAAUCUGUGAAACAGGAGGUCUACGAGCAGAGCUCCUCGUCAAACUGUCCGAGCAUCUCGUCGACUCCUCGAUCGUCGGAGGAUCCUGCGAAUCAGCAGCAGCAGCAGCUUCAGGGCCAGAAUGUUGUAUUCGGGGCUCAUCCAGAGCAUCUGAAUAAUCUGUGGAUGGUUUCCAAGGAAAUUCGCGAUCAGCAGCUUCAACUCGAGCGUUCAAUUCCGCUGUUGGAGAAGCUAAGAACACGCGCGAUGGACAUAGAUCAACAGAGAAUAGCGUUGUUGGAUGAAAAACUCGAUAAUCCGAGUGUUGACGAUAUGCGUCGAGUAUGGAGCAUCAAUCGUGAACUUCAGGACCUCAAUUCGGAGAUGGGAAUGGCAUCGUUGACGAUUCAGAAUGCAAACGAAUUCCUUCCAUAUCUGGAAAUGCGUCGAAACGAGCUUCUCUCGAAUAAUCCGCCGAAUCAUCCCGCAAACCCCCCGUUUCAGACAACCGGUGCUAGCUUUGUCUAAAAUUUUUUUUUGAAAAUUUUUUUUUUAAAGACGAUGUAGAGUCAAAAAAUAGGCCCUAAUGACCGAAAAAAUAACUUUAAAAAUUUUAUCGAUUUUUUUCACUUUUGCAAAAAAUCCCGCUUUUGGAAAAUCGUUUUUUUUUAAUUUGAAAAAAAAAUCAACAUUUUUUCAAACUUAUGGGAAAAAAUAGACUAAAUUUUGGCCUAUUUUUUCUACUAUUUUUUUUUUCUGAAACGUUCCACAUUUUUCUUAAAUUUAUGUUUUCAAUCAAAUUUUUUAAAGAAACAAUCAAGAAAAACCGAUUAAUUCGCGGGAAGUAAAAUUAAAAAUAAUUUUUUAAAAAUUUUUAUUGCAAAUUUUUUAAAAUGGUUUUUAAUUUUUAUUUUUGGAGAAUUUGAAAAAAAUCAUUAAAAAGUUUAGAAUUUAAAAAAAAGUUAGAUUUGGCUAUUACCCCCUGUGAAUAUUUUUGCUGCUCCGCGUGUCAAAACGUAUAUCGUUCGUAUUUUUUAGAUUUUCUCUGUUAUUUUCCCCUUUUUUUCUUCCUACUACUCGCCUAGUUAUUCCGUUUUUUUUAUUGUUUCCCCUGUUUUUGCUGCCAUUUCAUUCGUGUACAGUCCCUGUGUGAAUCUCUGUCAAUUCUGGGGUGUCGUAGGAAUUUUUUUUCGGAAAUCGGUUUUUUUUGAGAGAAAAAUGGCAAAUUGGAUUUAAAAAAAUUCCUGAAAAUUGGAAAAAAAAUAAAAAAUUACUACAAUUUUAGGCUAAUUUUGGAAGUUUUCGGAAAAUAUCGAAAAAAAAAUUAUUCAAAUUUUUUGGGAAAUUUUAUUUUUUUUUUAAUUUUGAAAUUUACAUUUUUCCAAAAAUUCCAAAAAUUGCUUAACAUUUUUUUUUUCAAUUUCCAGAAAAAUUUAAACAUUUCAUCGAAUUUCGUUUAAUCUGACGAGAAAAAAAAUGUACAAAAAAACAUUUAUCUUCCAAAAAAAUUAUUUAUUUUUGAAAAAAAUUCCAAAAUUUUCGAUUUUUCGGGAAAUCAAUUUUUUUAAUUGACAAAAAAUUCAACUUUUUUCUAAAAUUUCUGGAAAAUUGGAAAAUGACCAAAACGUUAAGCUAAUUUCGGAAAUUUUUAGAAAAUUGAUUAUUGAUAUCGAAAAAAAAAUCGAUAAACGAAAAUAAUUAGAAAUUGGCAUUUUUUUUUCAAAUUCCAUAGACAUUUUUUGCACUUCAUCAAAUUUUAAGAGAAAUUUCAUGAUCUGACGAGAAAAAUUUAAGAAAACUUUUUUUUCCAAGAAAAUUUUUUCUUUUUGAAAAAAUUCCAAAAUUUUCGAUUUUUCGGGAAAACAAUUUUUUUGAUUUCCCGAAAAUUUUUUCCCGACAAAAUUUGAAUUUUCCGGAAAAAUUCCUGUUUUUCAAAAAAAAAAAAACAACACCCCUGAGUUUCUCACCACAUAUAUUUAUUUAUCGUUCGCAUAUUUUUAUUAUGAAUUCAAUUUUUUCCCUGUUAUUUUCCUCUUUUUUUGUGUCCCAACUCGUCUAGUUUUAAGGUAAAAUUUUUAUUGACUAUUA